AUGAGCGCAGACGAAGGCGGGACAUCGAUGGCUGCCCCGAACGGCGAGCGUUCCACUGCCACUCCUGAUCCGUCGAGCCUGGCGACGCCGGGCAAACGAAAGCGUGUUUCAAGCCACGACGACAAGACCGCGCACGAGACAUCCACUGCAGUAAUGCCGGAUGAAAGGGGAAAACUGCAGGAAACGCUGCGUAAUCUGGUUGAUAUCCUGAGCAAAAAUGAUUCUGAACUCCAACUCUUGUCCUGCCCUCUGCCGUCCUCGCCCGUAAAACCCCGCUCGAAACGCGCAAGAAUUGCUGGAGAUAAGGAUGAGGCGCCUAGCAUCCAAGCGCGGGUCGCCUCGGACCGUUACAGUACGCUUUCGGAAUUCCUGAGUGACAUUGAGAAGGCGUCUGCGGCGGUGAUUGAGAGGAAUAAGACUCAGGCUAGCGCUCCAGCCGAUGGAACACCUGUGACAGAGACCGUCAAUCGUAUAGCUGCGUUCAAGAAAUUGCUCAACAGUCUUGUUCGCCAAGCGCAUGUGAGCCAGGCCAAUAUUAAGGCGGAAACACCUGGCAAUGAGACGGAAAUAUCCGAGAAGCGGCGUCCUGAAGCAGAAGAAGUUCGAAAUAGCGGUUUGGUAUUAACACUGUUCGGCAACCCUGCCAAUCCUAAACAACUUUACUCGAGUCUGCAGAAAUCUGUCAAAGUUCCGUUGUCAUCAGACAAAUCGGAACCACAAAAGUACGUGGAGGUACAGACACCGCUGCCUGAGGUUGGUCUGCCAAAUGGGAUAACCACUACGAAAGUUACUCCGUAUGACGGCGACAAGAAGUCGAAUGUCGCAAAACGAACACUCGGCGAGGUUUUUGCUCCGAAAUCUACACUUCCUCAGCUGGAGCUGCCGCGGAGAGCUCGUCGUGCCUCGCAGAUCACCUGGAUAGAUCCGUUUGACGCCGUCACCAAUUAUAAAGACUUUCUUGGUGACAGAAACAAUUAUUCGUUUGCACACCUCCCUUCCGGCAAUUGGCUCCAAUAUGGUGGAGUGACUUCCUCGCCCUCUUUUUGGGGCCGUCGUCAAAAACAGCAAUCUUCUCAGCAACUUGGUGAAGAGAGAUAUCACGAAGACCCAAUACUUUGGGUGGACGACGAUGCGGCUAUACUGCAAGGCGUGUAUUCGUCUUUUGCCCCUUCUUUUGACAGCUCCGGCGCUGUAGUACAGGCAGACUCGAAGAAUUUGGUAUGGUGGAAUAAGCGGGGAGCAAAACGUUUGAAUGUUUUGCUAUCACUAGCGGACGGAGAAUCUGCUCCGGAUACAACUGUUCAGCCGGGGAGUAUCGGCGACCUUGACGAAAGCACGUUGGAGGAAAUGGUCAAGUCGUUUAACCCGGCAGACUUCGUCGACCCUUCUAUCCCGUCUGACACAACGGAGGACGGUCCAGCGCAAGCAGACAAGACUUCAGAAGAAAAGGAUACAGAUGAUCUGCUAGCUGAAGUCUCGAAUUUGUUAGAAACACUAAGCUCUUACCAGAAAAUACGCCACCUGGAGUUUCCAACAUCUGGUCAAGCUUCAGCUCCCAAUCAAAACACCGAGGCCAAAGAUACACCUUCGCCGCAAUCCGCCCCAGAUAAACCAUCCGAUGCAGAACAAGAGGUCUACGAAACGCUCAGGUCUAGUUUAGCUGUUCUCGUCUCGCAACUGCCGCCAUUUGCCGUUGCUAAGCUGAAUGGCGAUCAACUAGCUGAACUCAACAUAAGCCAGAAGGUCUUGGUUGAGAGUACAGACUACCCAGGUAGUAUGGAAAAGGAUGAUUACACCCUUCAACAAGAGAGGGCAGCCGCAGCCGCGACAAACCCAGUAGCCCCCAGGACGUCAACGCCCUCACGCUCCGGCAGUUACCAGCAAUACAACCAACGUGCUCUCAGCGCCAAUGCUCAAAUUCAACCGCAGAGGAACUUUCAAGCUCCACAGCCAUACUACCCGCCACGACAGCCCUCGACACCCGGCGCUUAUACACCGGCCAAUCCUCAGCACUUCUCAGGGACUCGCCCUCCAGCAACACCCGGUCAGCGUCCAGGAUACUUACCAGGAUAUGGGCAACCCACGCCGCAGUUUAACCAGGGAAACCCAGUGCCACAGUAUCAGCGCCCUGGACAAAACGGAUAUAAUCCAUAUACACCUCAACCAGGGCCCAACCCAGCUCAAGGCUCUCCGCAACCAUACACGCCGCGACCGGGUCAGCCCACAUCUUACAACGUGGCUAGCUACGGGCCUGGGCGCAGUGCCUCUCCUCAGAAGCCGCCAUCAUAUGUAGCUCCUCGAGCGCCGUAUAGUAUUCCCCCAGGCUCUGCCCCCCAGCAACGGUACGUGCAACAACCCCAGCCGCAACAGCCCACCCCCGGGUACGCCAACUACACUCCCAACCAAGCACCGAACACCUACUCCAACUCCGCAGCUGCUGUGACGUACGCUCGCAGUGCCGCGGAGCAAGCUGCCCUAAUGGACCGGAACAGAGUACAAUUGGCGGCGCAGGGAUCUCCCGCACCUCAAUCUCAGUCCUCACUCCAAGAUCACCGCACUUCACAAGAUCGGAGUGUCACGCCCGGUAACAGGCAGAAUGUUAAUGCUUUCUGGUCUGGUUAG